AUGAACAAGCGCACGAGCCGUCAUGCCAACGACGACACAGCGCCGUUCAUGAGCCUGCGCCAGUCAACCGCCAUCACGGCCAUCGCACUCCUGCCCGCAGGCCUCUGCAUUGGGGCGGUGGACAAUGCGAUUAGCGUCUGGGACAUUGCUACCUUUCGCCCAACGCAUCGCCUACGCGGCCAUGGCCGCUCGAUCACGUGCCUUUGCGGCGUGCCGUCCACGUCGCUUCUUCUCUCGGCGUCCGUGGACCGGACGCUUCGCGUCUGGGACGGCGACCGCGACUUUGCCUGCGUCCAAGUGCUCACGGGCUACAAUGGCCACAUUCUCUCCAUGACGUCGACCAACGACACGCUCUUCAUGGCCUGCCAGGACACGACCGUCAAGGUCGCCAGCGUCUACGCAUCGUCGCCGAGUGCGAUCCUGGCGCCGACGACCGAGUGGCAGAGCAUGAGCAACCACCACGGCUUUGUCUACGGCAUCCGCUACAUUGCGCCCGCCGGCAAGAAACCGCUCCUCUUUACGUGCUCCAGCGACAACUCGAUCGUCUGCUGGGAUGUGGCCGACAUGAGCGUGCUCGCGUCGCUGCACGGCCACCGCGGCAGCGUCCUCGACCUCGUUGCGGUCGGCAACCAACUCUUCUCGGCCUCGCAAGACAAGACGAUCUGCUGCUGGGACAUGGACACAAUGCGCUGCAACGGCAUUCUCAAGGGCCACAGCGCAGCCGUGCUCUCGGUGUGCAGCCUCGAAGACAAGAACCGGAUCUGCUCGGGCUCGGCCGACGAGACCGUGCGCAUCUGGAACACGCAGUCGCUCGCGUGCGUGCACACGCUGCAUGGGCACCGCGGCGGCGUCUCGAGCAUUCUCAGCACCGAGAUGUUUGUCUUUAGCGCGUCCGAGGACAGCACCGUCAAGGUGUGGGACAUUGACUUCAUCUCCAACAUGCGCCCGUCUUCCAACACGACCAACUCGACCAACACCAACUCGAAUACGAAUGAGAGCCAAGGACCGGCGCGACCGCAGAAGCUCAAGAUGGACUCGAGUCUCAUGAGCGUCAGCGCCAUGUACAACAAGCAGACGUCGGACGCGUCCAUGAUCCACCUCUUGCGCAAGUUUGUGAGCAUCCCGAGCGUCAGCGUCGACCCGCAGUUAGUCGAUGAUUGCUGGCUGGCCGCCAAGUUUGUCAAGGGUUUGCUGCGGCAGCUCGGCGCCGAGUGCCGACUGGUGCACUGCGGUCCGAACAUCAACCCGAUCGUGAUUGGCAAGCUUGGGAACGACCCGACCAAGCCCACAGUGCUCAUUUGCGGCCACUAUGAUGUCGACGCAGCAGAGGCAGAUGCCUUCUCACUGCGCGGUCAAGACGGCUAUCUCUACGGUAGUGGAGUGGCGUAUGGAAAAGGUCCUGUGGUGGCUGCCCUCGCCGCCGUGCGGGAGCAUGUCGCCGACGGCGCCGCUUUGCCCAACGUCAUCUUCCUACUCCACGGCGACCAUCAACUGCGGGGCUUUUACGAUGCCAUUGCCGAUCAAAAGAGCACUCUUGGCUCUAUUGACGUGGUGUGGAUUCUGGAAAAUACGUGGCACGACGACGCGACGCCAAGCGUACCGUACGCGAUGCCGGGUCGGCUGGACGUGGCCAUCUCUGUCGACGGUCCGAGUAUGGACUGCCAUGGCGGCUUCCACGGUGGCGCGGUCCGAGAGCCGAUGCUGGACCUUGUCGCGCUUGUUCAUCGCCUCGUGGACCCGUCAUCGGGCCGCUUCACCGACCCGGCUUUCUAUGACGUGACAGCACCUAAUGCGUUUGUUGCGCCCGCACCAAGGAUAACGUCACUUCUGGCGUCGCUCGACAAUGCGUCCGUGCUCGCGCGCUCGGCUACGACGAAGCUGACACUGCACACGGUUCCGCCCCAGGAGCCCAAGACGACGGCGGAGCGCGUGCUGCAGCACGUGCGAGCCAUGUUCAAGACACUGCCCACGAGUAAUCGUUUGCGCGCGACUGUUACUGCUAACAUCCCGUGGUGGUGCGAGGACCCGAAUAUGGUCCAUCUCGAAGCGGCGCGACGCGAACUCGAGAAAGUGUGGCGGACCCCGCCGUCCCUGCAGCCCGCAAUGUCGGCCUCCAAGAUCACGACCGUGCUCAAGGCCCAUUUUGAGGCCCCUUGUGUGCACUUGGGCGUCGGUCCAUCAUCGCAUGCCACCGCCGAGCGCGUCUCGAUGCGCAAUCUCAUAGGCGCCCGGGACGUCUUCAAGGGCCUUCUCAGCUGGCUUGCAGAGAGGCCGAGCGCUUUGCCGUCUCUAUCUGCCAAGUCGCUCGUCCGGCGGGCUCCGCUGGACAGCGGCGCAUCGUGGUAUCCGUCCAGCGCGGCCUAUGAAAUUAAAAUCGCCUAA